AUGAAUCAGAUGAACAACAAACCCUACCAGUCCCUCUCCAGGGCUCGUCCAGACAUGGAGCUACGCUACUCCAGCUCCUCGGAGGAGAGCGAGGAGGGAGGCGGAGCCAACCACCUGCAGCAGUCCUCCUACGGCAGCCACGCCCCCCACGCCCCUCACGCCCCCCACGCCACGCACGUUGGCAGCCACGAAUACAGCAUCGACCGCCGCCUCAACUACAACAGCCACCGCGUCAAGAGGAAAACUAGCCAGCCGCCCAGCACAGAUGAUGACUUCCUCCACGCCUCCUCGACCCAGCACACCUACACGGGCGGCGUGUCCGUGGGGGGCGGCUCUGACCCGGACACGGAGCCGGAGGGCCCGGCCUCCCCGGACCACGCGCUGCACCUGUGGAUGCAGGAGGUGAAGUCGGAGCAUGGCGGCUCGGGCCUCUCCAGCCGGGCCAACUCCGUCCUGUCCCUCACCGACACCGAGGCCGAGAGGAAGUCUGACGUGGACAACGACCUCGCCAGCAGUCCUGGGGCCCAGUUCACAUUCAAGCCACUGCCUCCUCCGCCUCCGCCCCCCCACUCGUGCACAUGUGCCCGGCCCGUGCCCCCGCAGUCCUCCGACGGGCUCCAGAGGAACACCCUGCCCGCCCGCUGCCAGCCCCUCGACCUGGCCGGCAAGAACGCAGAGGAGCUGGGCCAGCCGCAGAACAGCUGGGCCCUCAACAGCAACAUCCCGCUAGAGACCAGACACUUCCUCUUCAAGCACGGCUCGUCUGGCUCGUCCACCCUCUACCGCGCGGCCAAUCAAAACUACCCCCUCACCUCCAACACGGUGUACUCGCCGCCGCCACGGCCCUUACCCAGAACCACCCUCUCCAGGCCGCUCUUCUCCUUCAGCAAGCCCUACCGCUGCUGCAACUGGAAGUGCACGGCCCUCAGCGCCUCGGCCAUCACCGUCACCCUCGCCCUGCUGCUCACCUACGUCGUGGUAGUGCAUCUGUUUGGGCUGACCUGGCAUCUGCAGUCGUCGGACGCUCCGCUGUAUGAGAACGGCCUGAGUAAGACGGAGGGGGCCGAGGACAGACUCAGCAUGGGCUUCCCCCCCUUCCCUCCCGCCGGGGUCAACGGCACCGCCAGAGAUAAAGAGGUGUUCCAGCGUGGGCGAGCCAUCGAGAGGGGCGAGGUGGACAUCGGCAUGCAGCUGAUGCAGACCAUCCCCCCGGGCCUCUUCUGGAGGUUCCACCUGAAGAUCCACCACCCCGAGUACGUGCGCUUCAACGUCUCCCUGGCCAGCGACGCCCUGCUGGGCAUCUACGGACGCAGGAACAUCCCUCCUACACACACACAGUUUGACUUCGUGAAGCUGCUGGACGGCCGGCACCUGGUCCAGCGAGAGCCCAGGCGAUCGGAGGAGCCCAACAAAAACAGCAGGCCGUCGCUGCAGAACCUCUACCUGUCGGCGCUGCAGGCCACAGGCUUCGUGGAGUACCUGGACGCCGGCACCUGGUACCUGGCCUUCUACAACGACGGCCGCAAGAUGGAGCAGGUGCUGGUCUUCACCACCUCCAUAGAAACGAUGGAUGGCUGUGAGACCAACUGCAAUGGCAAUGGGGAGUGCGUGGCAGGCCACUGUCACUGCUUCACUGGCUUCCUGGGACCCGACUGCUCCAAAGACUCGUGCCCGGUGCUGUGCAGUGGUAACGGGGACUAUGAGAAGGGCCACUGUGAGUGCCACGCGGGCUGGAAGGGGGCGGAGUGUGAUGUCCAGGAGGACCAGUGCAUCGACCCCACCUGCUCCAACCACGGCCAGUGUGUGGACGGCAUCUGCCAGUGCGCGCCAGCCUACAAGGGCAACAACUGUGAACAAGUUGACUGUGAGGACCCCCUGUGCUCCAGCCACGGCGUGUGCGUGGGCGGCGAGUGUCUGUGCUCGUCGGGAUGGGGCGGGCCAAACUGCGACGUGCCCUUGCCCUCCUGCCAGGAGCAGUGCUCGGGCCACGGCAUCUAUCAGGCCGACACCGGAGCCUGUGUCUGCGAGCAGGGCUGGACCGGAGCCGAAUGCGCAACAGAGGAGUGUCCAGUGCCCUGCAGUGUCCACAGUGUGUGUGUUGGUGGCCAGUGCCAGUGUGAGGAGGGCUGGACGGGGCCGGCGUGUGACCGGCAGGCGUGUCACCCGGUGUGUGAGGAGCAUGGGGAGUGUAAGGAGGGCAGGUGUGUGUGCCACCCAGGCUGGGAGGGAGAGCACUGCACCAUCGCACUCUACCUGGAUGUUGUUGUUAAAGACGGGUGUCCGGGCCUGUGCAACGGUAACGGCCGCUGUACCCUGGAGCAGAGUGGGUGGCACUGCGUGUGCCAGGCCGGCUGGAGUGGCGCCGGGUGCAACAUCGUCAUGGAGACGGAGUGCAGUGACAGCGUGGACAAUGACGGAGAUGGCCUGGUGGACUGUGUGGAUCCGGACUGCUGCCUGCAGCCGGGCUGUGAGAUGGGCGCGCUGUGCCAGGGUGCCCCCGACCCCCUGGAGCUGGUGCAGCACAACGCCACGCCCUUCGUGCCCCGCGCCGCCGCCCUCUUCUACCAGCAGGUGCGCUUCCUGGUGGGCAGGGGGAGCACACACGUCCUGCCCGGAGAGGUGCCCUUUGACACCAGUCGCGUGUGUGUCAUCCGGGGCCAGGUGGUGGCUGCUGACGGGACGGCCCUGGUGGGGGUCAACAUCACCUUCCAGAGGAACCCAGAGUACGGAUACACCCUGAGCAGACAGGACGGCAGUUUCGACCUGCUGUCCGUGGGUGGCGUCUCCGUCACCCUGCUAUUCCAGAGGGCUCCCUUCCUGUCCCAGAAGAGCACUGUGUGGCUGCCCUGGAACCAGUUUGUGGUUCUGGACCGCGUGGUCAUGGACCGGGCCGAGCCCAAGCCGGCGGCCACCUGCGACAAGAAGAGCCUGGCCAGCCCCUUCCCCAUCGUGCUGUCCUCCCCCCUCACCCGCUUCACCGGCACCUGUCAGGAGAGGGGCCCCGCCGUACCUGAGCUACAGGCGGUGCAGGAGGAGGUCUUCAUCCCGGGCAGCUUUGUGAAGCUGAGCUACCUGAGCGCGCGGGCCCCGGGCUACCGCUCCCAGCUGCGCGUGCUGCUGACCCCCUCGGUGCUGCCGCAGGGCCUGGCCAAGGUGCACGUGGCCACCGCCGUGCAGGGCCGGCUGCUGCAGAAGUGGUUCCCCGCCGCGCCCAGCCUGGUCUACCUCAUGUCCUGGAACAAGACCAACGUCUACGGCCAGCAGGUCACCGGACUGGUCAACGCACAGGUGUCCGUGGGCUAUGAAUAUGAAGAGUGUCCGGAUUUCAUCUUGUGGGAGAGGCGCUCGGCGCAGCUGCAGGGCUUCGAGAUGAUUGCGUCCAACCUGGGCGGCUGGUCUCUGGACAAACACCACAUCCUUAACCUGGACAGCGGCAUCCUGCACAAGGGGAAUGGCGAGAACAUCUUCAUCUCGGCCCAGCCCCCGGUCAUUGCCACGGUGAUGGGGACGGGCGCGGUGCGGGCCAUCCCGUGCCCCAGCUGCAGCGGGCCGGCGGCGGGCCGGAAGCUGUUCGCCCCCGUGGCGCUGGCCUGCGGCUCGGACGGCAGCGUGUACGUGGGCGACUUCAACUUCAUCCGCAGGGUCCUGCCCAGCGGCUUCACCAUCAGCAUCCUGGAGCUACGGAACCGAGACAUUCGUCACAGCACCAGCCCAGCCCAUAAGUACUACCUGGCCAUGGACCCAGUGAACGAGGUUCUGUUCGUGUCGGACACCAGCAGCCGUCGGGUGUACCGGCUGCGCACCCUGACCGAGCCACGGGACCUGGCCCGCAACGUGGAGGUGGUGGCGGGCACGGGCGAGCAGUGCACCCCCUUCCACCAGAACAUGUGCGGAGACGGGGGCAAAGCCACGGACGCGUCCCUCAACAACCCCAGAGGUAUUGCGGUGGACAAAUACGGUCUGGUCUACUUUAUCGACGGCACAACCAUUCGUAAGAUCAGCGAGAAAGGCAUCAUAUCGACAGUGAUCGGCUCCAACGGUCUGACGUCCACACAGCCACUUAGCUGCGACUCGCACAUGGACAUCAGUCAGGUGCGUCUGGAGUGGCCGACCGACCUGGCCGUCAGCCCACUGGACAACUCCCUCUACGUGCUGGACAACAACAUCGUGCUGCAGGUCACCCUGGGCAACAGCCAGGUGCGGGUGGUGGCGGGCCGCCCCAUCCACUGCCAGGUGCCCGGGCUGGAGCACCUGGGAGCAGGUGGGGGCGUGGUGGGGGUGAGCAGGACGGCGGUCCACACGGCCCUGGAGGGGGCCAAGGCCAUCGCGGUGUCCCACCAGGGCAGCCUGUACGUGGCCGAGACGGACGAGCGCCGGACCAGCCGCGUGCAGCUGGUCUCCACCAACGGGGAGAUCUCCCUGGUGGCCGGGGCGCCCAGCGAGUGCGACUGCAAGAUCGACCCCAGCUGCGAUUGCUUCUCUGGUGACGGUGGCUACGCGCGCGACGCCAAGCUCAAGUCCCCCUCCUCCUUAGCCGUCUCCCCCAAUGGCACCCUGUACAUCGCCGACCUGGGCAACGUGCGCGUGCGCGCCGUCACCAGCAACCGGCCGCGCCUGAACCGCCAGCGGCAGUACGUCAUCAGCUCGGUGGUGGACCAGGAGCUCUACCUGUUCAGCCCCAAUGGCACGCACCUGCACACGCGCAGCCUGGUGACGGGCGACUACCUCUUCAACUUCACCUACGGCCCGCAGGGCCACCUGACGGUCGUCACGGCCAGCAACGGCGGCUCGGUGCACGUGCGGCGCGACGCCAACGGGAUGCCCCUCUGGCUGCUGGUGCCCGGCGGGCAGGUGUACUGGCUGACCCUGGGCAGCACGCUGGGCACCCUGAAGAGGGUCUCUGCGCUGGCCCACGACCUGGCGCAGAUCAGUUACUACGGCAACACGGGCCUGCUGGCCACCGUCAGCAACGAGAACGCCUGGACGACUGUUUAUGAGUACAACAGUGACGGCCACCUCAUCAAUGUCACCUUGCCGACGGGCGAGGUCAGCAGUUACCACGGCAGCAUGGAGAAGUGGGUCAAGGUGGAGGCGGACACGUCCGGCAGCGAAAACUUUGUGGCGGCCACCAACUACUCGGCAGCCAGCACCAUCUACAUGCUGCGGCAAGCUCAUGCCCAGAACGUGUACCGCAUCAGCUCGGACGGCUCGCUGUGGGUGACGUUCUCCAGCGGCAUGGAGGUGACCCUGGGCACGGAGCCGCACGUGACCUCGGACGUGGCGUCAGUGUCCGGGGUGUCGGCGGGGGGCACGGUGCACCCCACGGUGGGGCGCUGCAACAUCACGCUGCCCGGCGAGCACAGCCACAGCCUCAUCGAGUGGAGGCAGCGGCGCGAGCAGGCCAAGGGGAACUCCACCGCCUACGAACGACGACUACGGGCCCACAAUAGGAACGUCUUGUCCAUCGAUUUCAACCAAACCACACGUAUCGGGAAGAUUUACGACGACCACCGCAAGUUCACGCUGAAGAUUCAGUAUGACCCGCUGGGUCGGCCGGUGCUCUGGUCUCCCAGCAAGUACAACGAGGUGAACGUGUCCUACUCUCCCGCGGGAUUGGUCAGCAGCAUACAGCGAGGCAACUGGACCGAGAGGCGAGAAUACGACAGUGGCAAGCUCAUCUCCAGAACCUGGGCGAACGGCAAGAGCUGGAGCUACACCUACCUGGAGAAGUCGGUGAUGCUCUUGCUGCACAGUCAGCGGCGCUACACGUUCGAGUACGACCAGACGGACUACCUGCUCUCGGUCACCAUGCCCAGCAUGGUGCGCCACAGCCUGCAGUCCACCCUCUCCGUGGGCUACUACCGGAACACCUACACCCCUCCGGACGCCCCCUCCUCCGCCCUCAUCCAGGACUACUCCCACGACGGGCGGCUGCUGCAGACCCUGCACCUGGGCACGGGCCGACGCACCGUCUACAGGUACAGCCGGAUGUCCCACCUGUCGGAGGUGCUGUACGACUCCACGCUGGUCACCUUCACCUACGACGAGGCUGCCGGAGCCAUCAAGACCAUCCACCUCAUGCAGGACGGAUUCAUCUGCUCCAUACGAUACAAGCAGACAGGGCCUCUGGUUGGCCGUCAGAUCUUCCGCUUCAGCGAGGAAGGUCUGGUGAACGCCCGCUUCGACUAUAGCUACAACAACUUCCGGGUGACCAGCAUGCAGGCCAUGAUCAACGAGACGCCACUGCCCAUCGACCUCUACCGCUACGUGGAUGUGUCGGGCCGCAUUGAGCAGUUCGGCAAGUUCAGCGUCAUCAACUAUGACCUCAACCAGGUCAUCACCACGCACGCCAUGAAGCACACCAAGAUCUCCAACCCCAACGGGCAGGUGAUCGAGGUGCAGUAUGAGAUCCUGAAGGCCAUCGCCUAUUGGAUGACCAUCCAGUACGACAGCAUGGGCCGCGUGACGGUCUGCGACAUCCGCAUCGGGGUGGACACCAACAUCACGCGCUACUCCUACGAGUAUGACGCCGACGGCCAGCUGCAGGCGGUGUCUGUGAAUGAGCGUCCACAGUGGCGCUACAGCUACGACCUGAACGGCAACAUCAACCUGCUGAGCCACGGCAACAGCGCCCGCCUCACGCCGCUACGCUACGACCUGCGCGACCGCAUCACGCGCCUCGGCGAGAUCCAGUACCGCGUGGACGAGGACGGCUUCCUGCGCCAGCGCGGCAGCGUGCUCUUCGAGUACAACUCCAACGGCCUGCUGACGCGCGCCCUUGACCGAGACACUUUGCGCAGCGUGUGGUUCCGCUACGACGGUCUCGGCCGGCGCGUGGCCCAGCGCACCAGCGACGGGCAGCAGCUGCAGUUCUUCUACGCCGACCUGACGGAGCCCACGCGCGUCACUCACCUCUACAACCUCACCAGCUCCCAGAUCACCUCGCUCUACUACGACCUGCAGGGGCACCUCAUCGCCAUGGAGAUGAGCAGCGGCGAAGAGUUCUACGUCGCCUGCGACAACGCCGGAACCCCGUUAGCUGUGUUUAGCAGUCGGGGACGCAUCGUGAAGGAGGUGCGCUACACGCCGUAUGGGGACAUCUACCACGACUCCAACCCGACCUUCACCCUGGUGUUAGGGUUCCAGGGAGGGCUUUAUGACCCCCUGUCCCGCCUGGUGCAUCUGGGUUACAGGGACUAUGACGUGGUGGCCGGCCGGUGGACCACUCCCAACCACCAGCUGUGGAGGGAGCUGAGCGCGGAGCCAAAGCCCUUUAACCUCUACGCCUUCAAUAACAACUACCCUCUGGGCAGGCUGCAGGACAUCACCAGAUACACCACAGACUUGAGCAGCUGGCUGCAGCUCUUUGGCUUCCAGCUGCAGAACGUGGUGCCGGGCUUCCCCAAGCCAGAGGUGGACAGCAUGGAGCAAACCUACGAGAUGAUGCAGACGCAGAGCAGGACUCGCGAGUGGGACCCCAGCAAGGUUGUUCUGGGUAUCCAGUGUGAGCUGCAGAGACACCUGCGUAACUUCAUCUCGCUUGACCGUUUACCCAUGAGCCCCGUUAACGACCGCCUGAAGGGGCGGCAGGGGCGGCGCCCGCGUUUCUCCGCCCUCUCCUCCAUCUUCGGCAAGGGCGUUAAGUUCGCCGUGCGCGACGACGUGGUGUCCACGGAGAUCAUCGGCGUGGCGAGCGAGGACAGCCGUCGCGUGGCCGCGGUGCUCAACGGCGCCGUCUACCUGAGCGGAGUGCAUUUCACCGUGGACGGGCGCGACACGCACUACUUCAUCAAGGCCGGCCCCCUGGAGGCGGACCUGGGCGUGGGCGGAGUCCGCGUGCUGGAAAACGGCGUGAACGUGUCCGUGUCGCAGAUGAGCGCCCAGGUCGCCGGACGCCAGCGCCGCUUCGCCGACAUUCAGCUGCGGCACGCCGUGCUAGGCUUCAACGUGCGCUACGGCGCCACGCCCGACGAGGAGCGAGAGCGCCUCCUGGAGGCCGCCAGGGUGCGCGCGGUGCAGGCCGCUUGGCUGAGGGAGCAGCGCAGGGUGCAGGAGGGAGACGGGGGCUCCAGGGCCUGGACGGAGGCUGAGCGGAAAGAGCUCCUGGCGGAGGGCAAGGUGGCGGGUUACGAGGGCGUGUACGCGCUCCCCGUGGAAGACCACCCGGAGCUGGCCGACAGCCCGCAUAACAUCCACUUCCUGCGGCACACCGGCACCGACACGGGCCACAGGUAACCGCCGGGGUGCCAAAGACGUUUAAACAGACUCUCACAGAGAUCACAUAUACCACAGGCAUACACAGACAUAUACAGUACAUUCACAGACGCAACAUAGCUCACACAC